AUGGUGCCUUCGGGUUUUCGCCUCAGCCUCAUUCUCCCCUCUUUUAUCGGAGCGUGCUUAUUGAGCCGGAAGUGGCUCGCGCAAGCUCAGGACGUCGUCCCUCUUAUCGCUGGAAACGAAGAUGUGGUCGCGGCCACAGAAGAGUGCCCUCACGGGUACGUGCUCGAUAGCGGCGUCUGCAAGAAAGAGAUCGCGCGCAGGCCGAUGCUGCUGUGCCCUCCACGCGCUUCCUUCGAGGGAGGCGAGUGCGUAACAGAGAAGGAAGUGAAGAGUGUGCUGAUUUGCGGAGAAAACGAGCGACUGGAAGGCGAUCGAUGCGAACUCGAGGAGGCUAUUAGAGGCUUGGCCAGCUGUCCGCGAGACUACACCUUCACAGGCACCGCUUGCAUGCGUUCGCAGGAGGCGAAGGCGCAGCUGUACUGCGAAGACGGGUAUAAGCUGUCGCACGGAGACCUCUGUGUGCGUGAGAUGAAAGCGAAACCCGACACGUUUUGUCCGACGGGCGCUCGACAGCAAGGCGACAAGUGCUUCAUCCUCGAGAGCUCCCCGCCGCAUGUCGCCUGCGGACGCGGAUACGAGCUCGAGAGCGGGAUGUGCGUUCGCGUGGAGACUGUCCGCCCAGACCAGAAAUGUCCGCAUGGCUACCGCAUGGAUAACGGCGUCUGCCGCAACGUGGUGCGACUGCAGCCGAACGCGGUGUGCCCAGCUGGCCAUGAUUUCAACGGCCGCGAGUGCGUCAUGUCUCAGCUCGCGGAGCCGACGCUGAAAUGUGAGGAAGGCUUCCAGCUUGAAGGCCCGACGUGUGUGAAGCGCAUCGAAAAAGCGGCAAAACCCGAGUGUCCGAUGAAGUACGAAUACAAGAACAACAUAUGCGUGAAGCAGACGAGCGUAAAGCCGAAGAGCGAGUGUCCCGAAGGGAGUGCAGAAGCCGCGGGACCUGGCAAGGCGUGCGAGGCAGUCCACGUGGCGGACGCGACGCUGGUGUGCCCGAGCGACUUUUCCAUCUACAACGGCCAGUGCGUGCGGAAAUCCACAGGCAACAUGCACCAGGAGUGCCCUGCGGGGUUCAAGAUGACGCGCGAAGGCGUCUGUGUCCGCGAAAUCACUCAGAAGGCUGAACAGCGCUGUCCGCAAGGACUCGAUCUGUCGAAGGACACAGGUCUCUGCGCGUCCCAAGACACGACGCCAGCUCACUUGGCCUGCGAGCAGGGCGAGCUGACGCCUCAGGGGACCUGCGUGCGCGUGUAUACGACGGAAACGAUUUUCACGUGCCCCCGCGGCUUCAAGCUGAAGGAGCCGGACUGCAUCAGACAAGUGCAGAAACCUGCGGUGGUGACCUGCCCAGACAACGCCAAAAUGCGCGGAGGCACCUGCAUAGUUCUCGAGAGAUUCCCCCCUCGGAUACCUGCAACGACGGGUAUGUCAGUGACGGGUACGGGAACUGCGUCAAGUACGAGGUGA